AUGGCAACUAAGGAACCUGAAGGCGCCGUUGAAGAGCAUAAAGUAAAGACGGCAACUGAUGAACCUGAAGGCGCCGUUGAAGAGCAUAAAGUAAAGACGGCAGCUGAUGGACCUGAAGGCGCCGUUGAAGAGCAUAAAGUAAAGACGGCAACUGAUGGACCUGAAGGCGCCGUUGAAGAGCAUAAAGUAAAGACGGCAGCUGAUGAACCUGAAGGCGCCGUUGAAGAGCAUAAAGUAAAGACGGCAACUGAUGGACCUGAAGGCGCCGUUGAAGAGCAUAAAGUAAAGACGGCAACUGAUGGACCUGAAGGCGCCGUUGAAGAGCAUAAAGUAAAGACGGCAACUGAUGGACCUGAAGGCGCCGUUGAAGAGCAUAAAGUAAAGACGGCAACUGAUGGACCUGAAGGCGCCGUUGAAGAGCAUAAAGUAAAGACGGCAACUGAUGGACCUGAAGGCGCCGUUGAAGAGCAUAAAGUAAAAACUGCAACUGAUGGACCUGAAGGCGCCGUUGAAGAGCAUAAAGUAAAGACGGCAACUGAUGGACCUGAAGGUGCCGUUGAAGAGCAUAAAGUAAAGACGGCAACUGAUGAACCUGAAGGCGCCGUUGAAGAGCAUAAAGUAAAGACGGCAACUGAUGAACCUGAAGGCGCCGUUGAAGAGCAUAAAGUAAAGACGGCAACUGAUGAACCUGAAGGCGCCGUUGAAGAGCAUAAAGUAAAGAAGGCAACUGAUGAACCUGAAGGCGCCGUUGAAGAGCAUAAAGUAAAGACGGCAACUGAUGAACCUGAAGGCGCCGUUGAAGAGCAUAAAGUAAAGACGGCAACUGAUGAACCUGAAGGCGCCGUUGAAGAGCAUAAAAUAAAGACGGCAACUGAUGAACCUGAAGGCGCCGUUGAAGAGCAUAAAGUAAAGACGGCAACUGAUGAACCUGAAGGCGCCGUUGAAGAGCAUAAAGUAAAGACGGCAACUGAUGAACCUGAAGGCGCCGUUGAAGAGCAUAAAGUAAAGACGGCAACUGAUGAACCUGAAGGCGCCGUUGAAGAGUAUAAAAUAAAGAUGUCAACUGAUGAACCUGAAGGCGCCGUUGAAGAGUAUAAAAUAAAGAUGUCAACUGAUGAAUCUGAAGGUGCCAUUGAGUACAUCAGGCCCAAGUGGGAUAAUAAAUUCCAGUACCUUAUAAGCUGUGCUGGAUUUGUUGUAGGUCUUGGAAAUGUGUGGCGUUUUCCAUACUUGUGCCAAACCUAUGGAGGAGGGGCAUUCCUGAUUCCAUACAUAACCGCAUUUCUGUUGGAAGGCACCCCUAUAUUUUUUCUUGAAUUAGCUGUAGGGCAACGCAUGAAAAAAGGCAGCAUUGAAGUCUGGUGGAACAUCUCGCCUUACCUGGGAGGACUGGGUUACACUUCUCUGAUAGUGUGCUUCCUAGUGAUUCUCUAUUACAAUAUGCUUAUGGCCUGGAUUCUGUGGUAUUUUAUAAACUCUUUCCGAAACCCGUUACCUUGGGGUUCCUGCCCAACAGAUACCAGCAAACCAGAACUUAUUGAAGAAUGUCAGAAAAGCACAGCCACCAAUUAUUUCUGGUAUAGGUACACUUUAAACAUAAGCACAGAUAUUGGAAACAGUGGCCUGCUUCAGUGGUGGCUGGUUUUAUGUUUGGCAGCCUGCUGGAUAAUUGUGUUCAUUUGUACAGUACGAGGAAUUGAAUCGACUGGAAAGGCAAUAUAUUUUACAGCCACAUUUCCUUACCUAAUUCUAACACUAUUCCUUAUUUAUGGACUGACUCUCCCAGGAGCCGUUCACGGAUUACUCUACUUCAUGACUCCUAAUCUCAAGAAACUCUACAAUCCACGUGCCUGGCUUGAUGCAGCCACCCAGAUUUUUUCCUCUCUUUCUUUAGGAUUUGGGGGACACAUAGCAUAUUCAAGCUACAACCCAUCAAGAAAUGACUGUGAAAUGGAUGCUGUCAUGAUAGCAGCAAUAAACUCUUUGACUUCUUUGUUUGCGUCAAUCCCAGUUUUUUCAAUUCUGGGAUUCAAAGCAACAGUGGCCUAUGAAGAAUGCUUGGAAAGAAAUGUUAAAUACAUCACCAAGGUAUUCAGGAAGGACAACAUCACUGUAGACAGCAGCACAUUUUGGCUCAGUUACUUGAACGGAACAGACAUCAAUAAACUUGCAUCUCUCAAACUGGCAACUUGUGAUCGCAGGCAUUUCCUUGAUAAGAGUGUUUCUGGACCCGGCUUGGCCUUUAUUCUGUUCACUGAAAUUGUCCUUAAGAUGCCUGGAUCGAACGCUUGGGCGAUUCUGUUUUUUCUCAUGCUGUUCAGUCUUGGUAUAUCUUCCAUGUUUGGAUUUAUUCAAAGUAUCUUGACGCCUCUCACAGAAUCUCGCUUUGUGUCUAGAUACAUAUGCAAGGAGGCUGUAUGUGGUUUAAUAUGCCUUUCUGCCUUUCUGCUGGGCCUGGUUUUUACUCUGAGAUCAGGAAGCUACUGGCUUGAGAUGUUUGAUGCCUUUGCAGGGACCAUGCCUUUGCUCGUCAUUGCUUUCUUUGAAGUGAUCGGUGUUGUAUUUAUUUAUGGAAUGAAAAGAUUCAGUGCAGAUGUGGAAGAGAUGACAGGAAGACCACUAAAAGGCUAUUGGAAGGCAACGUGGCAAUAUUUCUCCCCAGGGGUAAUGCUCCUAAUUUUUUUGUCCUAUGUACUUCUUGAGCCACCUUCAAGCUACAAAGUGUGGAACCCAAAUUAUGUAAGUUACCUUUAUAUAAAAACAAAAACUAGUUUGGAGAGAAUCAGUACUUUAUUUAUAUCUCAGCCAUUCAUCCUUCAUACAGAUUAUUCAGGUUUACCAAAUGAAUGGGCCAUUGCCAAGAAAGAUACAACAACUGUUCUUGCUGAAAGGCCAUGUGCAAUACAGUAA